AUGUCUUCAUCAUCAGAUAGUGAUUCUGAGCGUGAGAUCGAAGUAAACAGACUUGGUGAAUGCGAAGUAUGCGGUCAAAACAGAGCCAAAUACACCUGCCCUAAGUGCGAGGUAAAGACUUGUUGCCUUCAGUGUGUAAGAAUACAUAAAAAGGAGCUGGAAUGUGAUGGCAUCAGAGACCGCACGAAGUUUAUCAGGAUAAAAGACUUCUCGGACACGGACCUGCUGAGUGAUUACAGACUACUGGAAGAGUGCGCCCGUUUUGUAUAUGGUGUUAAAGUAGAUGAGAAGAAGAAAUACACUAGGGUUGACAAGGAAUUACCUAUUUAUUUAUUUAAGCUCAAAAUGGCAGCCAGGCAGAGGGGUACAGCUUUACAAUUCUUAGCACAGAACUUCUCGAGGCACAAAGUUAAUACCACCAGGUAUAACAAGAAAAUGAAUAUUAUCAAUUGGAGAGUGGAGUGGGUGUUUCCUAAUGUGGAGUCAGAGCCUCUGAAGUUUGUUGAUGAGAGGUGUGGAGAACACAAGAGGCUGUCAGAACUGCUGGACAAGUAUCUGAACCCUGAUGCCUUGCCUUUUGAGGGAUCAAAGGCAUUGUCUUACUAUAAAUCAGUGGGCUUUAGUGGGGUUAAAAUAUUACUGAGAGCUGAGAAAGUAAAAGGCUCUGGAAAGAAGUUUUUUGAACUAGAUCCAACAGAAUCUUUGGCUGAAAACCUGUCUGGGAAGUGCAUAGUGGAGUUCCCAAUUGUAUUUGUUGUACUCAAAGACCAUGCAUACAACUUUGAGAUUAUAACAUCAGAAGAUGAAUUCGAAGAAAAAUCUGGCACUAAUACUGAAAAAGUAAGUACCAAUAAUAAAGAUAACAGUACAUCAUUAAUCAAUGGGAAACCAGAUACUGCAAUCAAAACUGAAGGCACCACAAAUGGAACUACAGAACAUUCCAGGAAGAGACCUAGACAGCUACUCACAGAGAAAGUAGCCCAGGAGAAGAAGAUGGAGAUUGAGAACGAGAUAAAAGCAGCAAAAAAGAAGAAACCAAAGAAUCUCCUGUUCACCACAGGAUACUCUUCAGAGGAGAGUAUAGAGGAUAAUAGUGAAAAUGAAGCGGAAGCCCAGUAG